AUGCCGUACCCCGACGAAGCGCAAGGGUUCCAGGUCGACAGCCCGGAGACCUUUACCACCUUCCACAAGCGAUCGUUUCCCCUGAAACCGUUCGGCGAACAUGACAUCGAUAUCAAGGUCGAGGCAUGCGGAGUCUGUGGCAGUGACGUGCACACACUGAGUGGUGGAUGGGGAGAGCAAAAGUUUCCUCUGUGCGUGGGACAUGAAAUCGUCGGUCGGGCGGUCCGUGUAGGCCCGAAAGUGACCAGCGUCCAACCCGGGCAACGCGUGGGCGUCGGGGCACAGUGUCUCUCCUGCGGCGAGUGCAAGCAAUGCAAGAACGACAACGAGACCUACUGCCCCGUCCUCUGCCUCGACACGUACGGCUCGACCUGGCCGGGCACCGAUCUCGUCCUGCAGGGCGGGUAUUCGUCGCACGUCCGCGCCCACGAGCACUGGGUGUUUCCCAUCCCUGACGCCCUCGACACGACCCUUGUCGCCCCCAUGUUGUGUGCCGGGAUCACGGCGUUUUCCCCGCUGGUGCGCAAUGGAGCGGGCCCAGGCAAGAAGGUUGGAAUCGUCGGAUUAGGCGGCAUCGGACACUUUGGGGUUCUGUUCGCCAAGGCGUUGGGGGCUGAGACGUGGGCGAUCUCGCGCACGCGGGCCAAGGAGGAAGACGCGCGGAAACUGGGCGCCGACGGGUUCAUCGCCACCGCCGAGCAGGACUGGGAGGUGCCGCAUCGCUUCUCGUUCGACGUCAUCGUCAACUGCGCGAAUUCGUCGGCCGGGUUCGAUCUCGCAAAGUACCUGUCCAUGAUGGACGUGCAUGGCCGCUGGGUCAGUGUCGGACUGCCCGAGGAGGAGGGCCAGGUCAUCAAGGCUCAGAACCUGAUCGCCAACGGCGUGCUCAUCGGGGCAAGUCAUCUGGGCAGUCGGCGGGAGAUGCUGCAGAUGUUGCAGCUCGCCGCCGAUAAGGGCAUCAAGAGCUGGGUCGAGACCAUCCAGAUCGGCGAGGAGGGGCUCAAGGAAGCCAUGCUGCGCAUGAAGAAGGGGGAUGUGCGUUACCGCUUCACCCUCACGGGAUAUGACAAGGUGUUUUAG